AUGCUUGGAGGGCUAUUUGAGACUCUGUCUGUCUCAGUAGAUGAUCGGAAAGUUCAGUAUCUUCUAUCAAAAAUAGCCUAUGCAGUUCAGCAGGCUAAUACCAGGAGCUCGAGGUCAUCCACCUCUUUAAUUAAACCUUCAGAAAAUGAUGAAGCAUCUACAAAUGAAGGGGAUAACAAAGAGCAGUUUUCUUAUUCUGAUGAAGGCCUCAAAGAAGUGGUUGCCGAGGAAGAGGAGAAAGAAGAAGUUAAAUUAAUUAAUGGAAUAGUAAAUCCUGCCCUAAGUAAUCAAUUUGACAUUGAAGAUGAGCUUUUCCCAGAAUUUGAAAAUCUUUUGUCCGGAGAAAUUGACUUUCCACUGCCUGCGGACAAAUAUGAUACCGAAGCCAAUUCCAGAGAAGAGAAAAAUAAAGUGUACGAAAGUGAGAUGGCAAAUAAUGCAACUGAACUGGAAAGACUACGCAACUUAGUAAAAGAGUUAGAAGAGAGAGAGGUGAAGCUUGAGGAAGAAUUGCUUGAAUACUAUGGAUUGAUGGAGCAAGAAUCAAAUAUUGCUGAAUUACAGAAGCAGCUUAAAAUUAAGACAGUGGAGAUUGAGAUGCUGAACAUUACGAUAAAUUCAUUGCAAGCCGAGAGAAAAAAGCUUCAAGAGGAGGUGUCUUUGGGAGCCGUUUCUAGGAAAGAACUUGAGGUGGCAAGAAAGAAAUUAAAGGAACAACAAAGGCAAAUUCAGCUCGAGUCAAACCAGACGAAGGGCCAGCUUUUAUUACUUAAGCAACAAGUCAGUGGACUUCAAGCCAAGGAAGAGGAAGCAGUUAUGAAAGAUGCUGAAGUAGGGAAGAAGCUUAAAGCUCUGAAGGAGUUAGAGGUGGAGGUUAUGGAACUUAAGAGGAAGAACAAAGAGCUCCAGCACGAAAAGAGAGAGUUAACAGUAAAAUUAGAUACUACUGAAGCCAGAGUAAAUGCCCUUUCCAAUAUGACAGAGAGUGACAUGGUUGGCAAAGUAAGAGAAGAGGUGAAUAACUUACGACAUGCAAACGAGGACCUCGUUAAACAGGUGGAAGGACUUCAGAUGAACAGAUUCACUGAAGUUGAAGAGUUAGUUUAUCUUCGCUGGGUCAAUGCAUGCUUAAGAUUUGAGCUUCGGAACUACCAAACACCAUCUGGAAAAAUGUCAGCUCGAGAUCUCAAUAAAAGUUUGAGCCCAAGAUCACAAGAGAAGGCUAAACAACUGAUGUUAGAGUAUGCAGGAUCAGAACGUGGACAAGGAGACACAGAUAUUGAAAGCAACUUCUCCCAUCCAUCCUCUCCUGGAAGUGAGGAUUUUGAUAAUAUGUCUAUUGAUAGUUCCACAAGCAGAUUCAGUAGUCUCAGUAAAAAGCCUAGUUUGAUCCAAAAGCUUAAGAAAUGGGGAAAAAGUAAAGAUGAUUCGAGUGCACUUUCUUCCCCUGCAAGAUCUCUCGGGGGAGGAUCCCCCAGCAUGAAUAGCAUGAAUUAUAGACCUAGAGGUCCUCUGGAAGCCCUGAUGCUAAGAAAUGCAGGUGAUAGCAUGGCUAUCACUAGUUUUGGGAUGGGAGAACAGGAUGACCUUAAUUCCCCUGAAACUCCAAAACAACAGCCUAGUCGAGUUCAAGAUUCUUCUCCUGAUUCACUCAAUUCUGUUGCAGCCUCUUUCCACGUAAUGUCCAAAUCAGUUGAAGGAGUUCUAGAGGAGAAGUAUCCCGCAUAUAAAGAUAGGCAUAAGCUGGCUUUAGAAAGAGAGAAGCAAAUCAAGGAAAAAGCUCAACAAGCAAGAGCAGUAAGGUUUGGUGACCCUUCUAAGGUGGAUAAAGAUAAUUCUGUGACUUUGCCUCCAAAACUUGCUCUAAUAAAAGAAAAACCAGUUGCCUCUGGUGACCAGUCGAAUGAUAACAAAGUUGAUUCUACAGCAGUGAGCAAAAUGAAACUUGCACAUAUUGAGAAGCGACCUCCUAGGGUCCCUCGAGCACCUCCUAAACCGUCAGGAGGUGCUCCUGCUGAUAAAAAUACACACUUUUCAAAUGGAGCACCAAGUAUGCCACCACCACCACCUCCUCCACCAGGUGCCCCGCCACCACCUGGUGGUGGACCUCCACGCCCACCACCUCCACCAAGAAGUCUCUCAAGAUUGACCGGAAGUGGUGACAAAGUUCACAGAGCUCCUGAACUAGUUGAAUUCUACCAGACAUUGAUGAAACGCGAGGCAAAGAAGGAUACACCAUCUUUGGUUUCUUCAACAUCAAGCCCCUCAGAUGCAAGGAGUAACAUGAUUGGGGAGAUAGAGAACAGAUCAUCAUUCCUCUUAGCUGUUAAAGCUGAUGUGGAGACUCAAGGUGAUUUUGUUCAGUCGUUGGCUACUGAAGUCCGGGCAGCUUCCUUUACCAACAUAGAAGAUUUGCUGGCCUUCGUGAACUGGCUUGAUGAGGAACUCUCCUUCUUAGUUGAUGAACGAGCUGUCCUUAAACACUUCGAUUGGCCUGAAAGUAAAGCAGAUGCAUUAAGAGAGGCAGCAUUUGAAUACCAGGACCUGAUGAAAUUAGAGAAGCUAGUGACCUUGUUCGUUGAUGAUCCGAAUCUUCCUUGUGAGGCUGCUUUGAAGAAGAUGUAUAAGUUGCUUGAGAAGGUGGAGAACAGUGUGUAUGCACUGUUGCGCACACGCGACAUGGCUGUUUCACGGUAUAAGGAAUUUGGCAUCCCCGUCGAUUGGUUACUUGAUUCGGGAGUAGUUGGCAAGAUCAAGCUUUCAUCAGUACAAUUGGCACGAAAAUACAUGAAACGUGUCGCAUCAGAGCUUGAUGCCACGAAUGAACCAGAGAAGGAACCCAACAGAGAGUUUUUGAUUCUUCAAGGUGUCCGAUUUGCUUUCCGUGUUCAUCAGUUUGCGGGAGGCUUUGAUGCAGAAAGCAUGAAGGCUUUUGAAGAACUAAGAAGUCGAGCUCACGCGAAAACAGGAGAAGAGAAUAAACUAGAAGAAUGA